AUGGCCACAAACAUCACCUACCACGCCAGCGCCCUCACCCGCGCCGAGCGCAGCACCCUCCGCAACCAACGCGGCCUCACAAUCUGGCUGACCGGCCUCUCCGCCUCGGGCAAGUCCACCAUCGCCGUCGAACUCGAGCACCAGCUGCUCCGCGAGCGCGGCGUCUCCGCCUACCGCCUCGACGGCGACAACGUGCGCUUCGGCCUCAACAAAGACCUCGGCUUCAGCGAGAAGGACCGCAACGAGAACAUCCGCCGCAUCGCCGAGGUCGCUAAGCUCUUCGCCGACAGCGCCUCCAUCGCGAUCACUUCCUUCAUCUCGCCUUACAAGGCGGACCGUGACACCGCGCGCGCUCUGCACGAGGUCCCCACCCCUGGGGAGGAUACGGGACUGCCGUUUGUGGAGGUCUACGUUGAUGUCCCUGUGGAGGUUGCUGAGCAGCGGGAUCCCAAGGGGCUGUACAAGAAGGCCCGCGAGGGUGUGAUCAAGGAGUUCACGGGCAUUUCGGCGCCUUAUGAGGCGCCUGAUCGCGCGGAGGUGCAUAUCAAGAAUCAUGAGUUGCCCGUGCAGGAUGCUGUGAAGCAGAUUAUCGAGUAUCUUGAUUCGAAGGGGUACUUGCCGCCUAAGAAGGAGUAG